AUGACGGAACUGGUUAUAGAUCAUGGAGAAGAGGAAUCCUCAGCACUCUCCGUGAAUAAUAAACUAGGCUUCAUCACCGAAAAAUGUAAGAAACCAGAUCCUGAUUCUGUUAACCUCGACCAAUGGGAGCGAUGCAACGAUAUGGUGACUUCGUGGAUCUUAAGCUCAUUGUCUAAGGACCUAGCGGACAACUUGCAAUACGUUAAUGACGCUAGAGAACUUUGGCAGGAGUUGGAGGACAGGUAUGAUCAAACUAAUGGUGCUAAGUUGUAUCAGCUCCAAAAGGAAAUAAAUGAUUUGAGCCAGGGGAAUUUGGACAUUACUGGAUAUUAUACAAAGAUGAAGAAACUCUGGGAGGAGCUCAACACGCUGAACAUACAUGCUAAAUGUGCUUGCAAAUGCACAUGUGGAGCAAGAGAAAACAUGCACAAAGCUGAACAGGACAGAAGACUGAUUCAGUUUCUGAUGGGGCUUAACGAAGUGUAUACUGUGGUGAGAGGAAGUAUUUUAAUGAUGAAUCCUCUUCCAACAAUAGCCCAAGCUUUCUCCAAUCUCAUUCAAGAGGAGAAACAAAGGGAAGUCAAGCCAAGUAACCAUUUUUCAAUGGAUUCUGCUGCCUUGAAUGCAAGUGGACCAGGAAAUAACAACUUCAGAACAAACUAUACUCAACAGCGGAACAAUAACACAAACAGUGGAUAUAAGGGGAAUCAGCUCAAUAAUAGACCUAGGCUAUUCUGUGACUACUGCAAGGGGCCAGGAUACACUAAAGAGAAGUAUUACAAGCUUCAUGAAUUUUCACAGAGUUUCAAGUUCAAUAAAGGAAGAAGAAUUAGAGGAAAUGUAUUUGGGUCAUCAAGUGAGGGUGCUGUAAUGAAGGAUGAUGGAAAUGGCUCUCAGGAUCAGGAACAGGGUCGAACUAUGCACAGUCUGACCAAAGAACAAUAUGGACAACUACUCUGCAUCCUGGAAAGUUUUCAGGGAGGAGGAGACAAAUCCACAAGCACUACAAUCAAUGGAGGAGCUGAGAACUUUGCAGGUAUCUCAGCAUGCUCUACUCAUUUUGAUUCUAAUGAUCAUUUGUGUGAUAGUUCUAGUCCAAAUGAUGACUCUUGGAUUCUUGACUCUGGAGCCACAAAUCAUAUGACAUAUAAUAAAUUACUGCUAACCAAUAUCAAAAUUUUAGUUUACCCAUACUUAGUCAGCCUACCAAAUGGCUACAAAGUUAAGGUGACACUGAUUGGUGAUGUAGUUCUAAGUCCUAAAUUCAGCCUCAAGAAGGUCCUUUUUGUUCCUAGUUUCAAGUUCAAUUUGAUAUCAGUCCAUUCUCUUAUAGUUCAACUUGAUUGUAUUGUAGUAUUUACCAAAUAUGUUUGUAUUCUUCUACAGGGCCCUUCACUGAAGAGGCCACUGGAGAUUGGUAAGGCCAAGACUGGCAUGUACCUAUAUUGUUCAAGCAACCACAACAAUGGUUCAACUUCCUCUAAUUCUUCUAGUACAUUCCAUCCAUGUCUUACUAGUAAUAAAGAUGAGGUACAUUCUGCAGUCAACACAUCUAGCUCAUUUUCUUCUUCUCAAUUAGCUAACACAAAUAAACUAGUUGCUACUAUUCCUGUUGCAUCCACCAUGAUUACCUCAUCUCAUAGUAGUGAUAGAAGUAGCUCUCUUCCACAUUCACAUCAUUCUGUAAAUAGUUCAAGCAAUAAAAGUGACUCUUGUUUGUCCAAUGUUCCCUCUACUACAGAACAUUUACUUGAUCGGAGUAUUCCACGCUUAGUGAAUGAAAAUCACCAUGAAGUGUCACUAGGGAACUUGACUAGGAGUGAGCCAUUGUCUGAAUCAGACCAGAUUUCACCUCAACCUACUUCCUUUGAUGAUGACUCCAGAUUAUCUCAGUCACCCUUGGGCAGCCAGACAUCAGGAACCUUUCUUGUUACUGACAGUCCAAGUGAACACACUCAUCAGAACCAAUCAUCCUCUCCAAAUGAUAGCCAAAAUACACAGUCUUUUUCCUUCAGCACCUCUGUACCCAAGCCUCAUGACAAUUUACUUAAUGCUUUAAAUUCCACUAGUCAGCAUUUGAUGGGAACUGCCUCACAUGAAUGUGAACCUAGUUCAUAUGAGGAAGCUGCUGUGAAGCCUGCCUGGCAAGCAGCAAUGAAUCAAGAAUUCCAAGAAUUUUAUGCAAAUAAAACUUGGGACUUAGUUCCCCUUCCAAUUGGAAAGAAAGCAAUAUGGUGUAAAUAG